AUCGACAACGGCCGCUUCCAUCUCAUCGAACGUCUCGGCCAGGGCGGCUACAGUGUCGUCUACCUCGCGACCGACUCACACUCCUGUCGUCCCGGCUCCUCCAACCCCUCACGCGUUGCAAUUAAAUGUCUCCUAAACACACGUAAAUGCAAGAUAGUGCGAGAGGUUGCAUUACAUAAACGUGCUGCGUCUAUACCCGGUGUUGUCAAGAUAUUCCGCACUUUCGAAGAAGGCGGUCUGUUCUUCGUCGUGCUUGAGUAUUGCCCGAAUGGUGAUCUCUUCGGCGUGCUUACAGAGGAGCAGCUUUUCUUAGGACGAGACCGUCUUAUCAAGAGCGUUUUCUUGCAGCUCCUCGAUACUGUCGCGGCGAUGCACAAGCUAGGUGUUUACCAUCGUGACCUCAAGCCGGAGAACAUCCUGUGUGCCUCGUCUCCAUCCAUGUGCAAUGGUCAGCCCACGUCCCUCACCGUGCUCAUCGCCGACUUCGGGCUUGCAACUGAGUCAGAGCUUUCCGAGAGCUUCGGCUGUGGGAGUUAUGUCUACAUGACUCCUGAAUGUCUUGCAGGAAUGUAUAGCCGCGCACUCCCGCACUACUCCAGUCGUGCGGCGGACAUCUGGGCACUUGGUGUCAUCCUCGUAAACCUCGUCUGCGGACGAUCACCGUGGAAGACCGCGCUGCUAAGUGACCCGAGUUUCCGUCGCUACAUACGUGACGUGCGUUGGCUCCGACAGAUGCUCCCGCUUUCCAUGCCCGCAUACCAUUUCCUUAACAAGAUCUUCUCGAAUCACGGAAACAGGGUCGCGAUAUCUGAUCUCCGCAGACAAUUCGCGGAGAUUGACACGUUC